CUGGUUAUCGAAAACAGAGCUUUCAUAUCGUGACGGUGAGUUGGUAUGAAAAAGAUGGACUCUUUGGUUCCAUACAUAUCCAAAACCUCCUGGUACUCGCCAGAAAUGGAACCUUCGUCGACCUUUGGAUCACAAUUACCUAAAUAACCCUUCUGUAACUUCCCUAUCCCAAAUACCUGCAACUCCUUCCUAAUCCACUGCUUUUAUAAACCAAACUCAUUCCCAUGGUAUUGUGUAUCUGCACGCCGCCGUCCUGCACCGAAGAUUUUAUUUUCGCUUCGUUACAAAGAAACAAAACCGCGUUCAUCUCCUAAGUAUUCUUGCCUAUAAAACCCUUUGUUUUUGUUUUCGAGUAACUAAUCAUCAUCCCUUUCAUUUCAUCAAUCAAACCUUCAACCUUUGGAUCAGUUUAAGCCAUGUCAAGCAGACCAGAAGACCAGCUUUCUCCCCGGGAGUCUAAUUCCCCCACCACAACCGUCCCCGACAUCCACGCCUCCCAACCUCCACCGCCGCCUCCGCCUCCGCCAGCGGAGGAGGACAACAAGAAAUAUGGGACCCACAUAAUGGGAGCUCCCGCAGCUCCGAACGUCCACCCGGACAACCAAAAAGCAGCUCUAUGGAACGCGGAAGACCACCAGCAAAUCCCGCAGCAACCACUCGAAACACAACCGCAACAACCGCCGUACGUUCAGUACUCUCCGAUCAACAAGCCGACCAACAACCCCUUCGAGCCGGUGAUCAACCUCUUCAAUUCUUGGGGGAACAAGGCCGAGACCAUCGCCCGGAACAUCUGGCACAACCUCAAAACAGGGCCCUCUGUUUCCGAGACCGCCUGGGGAAAACUGAACUUGACGGCCAAGGCUGUAACGGAAGGAGGGUUUGAGGCUCUGUUUAAGCAGAUUUUCGCUACUGAUCCUAACGAGAAGUUGAAGAAGACUUUCGCUUGCUAUCUUUCCACUUCUACCGGACCUGUGGCCGGAACUCUGUAUCUGUCCACGGCUAGAGUCGCUUUUUGCAGCGACCGGCCGUUGACCUUUGCUGCUCCGUCUGGACAAUCAGCUUGGAGCUACUACAAGGUGAUGAUACCUUUGACGAAUGUUGGGAGAGUGAACCCUGUAGUGAUUACGGCAAAUCCGACGCCGGAGAAGUACCUUCAGAUUGUCACCACGGACGGACAUGAUUUCUGGUUUAUGGGGUUUGUUAAUUUCGAGAAAGCUUCCCAUCACGUACUGGAAAGUGUGUCGAAUUUGAGAGCAGCUGGGGCUGCUGGGACCAAUGAAGUGCAACCAGCGCAACAUCCUGUCGUGUAGAAGAUGAGUUUUCGUUUUGAAUCUUUGUGUUGAUUAUCUUGUUGCUUUAGUUUGCUAGGUUUGCUUUGAUCUUUAUGAUGCUAUAGCGCCAUAUGUAGUAGUCAUGGUUUAAAUCUGAUCCCUGUAAUUCUUAUUGCUUCUGCUUGGCUUUUGUAUGUCAUAUACAGAUUUAUAUUGUUGCAUACACAAUAAGUUUUCAUUGUAAACUUUACUUCAGUAUAUAAAGUGAAUUUCCACAAGAUUAGAAG